AUGCUAGAACGUCAAUUACGUGAUCGGUUUGCAACGGGUCUCAACCAUCCCCGACUUGAAGUGGAAUUGAAACAAAGGUGGCCAGAGCUAAAAACAUUCGAUGAUAUUGAAGGCAUAGAAAACGAAGUGUCGUUCGCGGAAGUUUUCAAAAUAGCGCUAUCAAGAGAGUUGGCGGAAAAAGACAUUGUAGAAAGUGAAUGCGCGGAAGUGAAAAAGAUAGUAAAACGUCGUGCGAAAAUCGGUAAGCGGAUCCGAAUUUUGUCGGAAGAACAAUGUUUAAGAUGUGGUGCGCGUGAAAGACAUUCAAAAGACAACUGCAAGGCGGCGAAUCACAAUUGUGAAGCGUGUGGCAAACGUGGACAUUACGGGUCGUGCUGUAUAAGAAAAGGCAGAGCUAAAUUGAUCGCGAGAGACAAAAAGAAACAACAGCGUAUUUACAACGUAAAAAAUAGUGAUACAUCUAUUUCGAGUUGUGAGCAAGUUUUUAAAGUAAUGAGUGCCAUUGCUAAGAAAAGAAACAUUGACGUUAAGAUAAACGGUGUCACGUGUACGAUGGACUGGGAUCCGGGCGCGUCAGUUUCCAUUAUAAGUACAGAUUUUUGGAAACAGAUCGGAUCACCAAUGCUUAAAGGGAAGCCAAAACUACGGGCUUACGGCAAUUUCGAUUUACCUUGCCAAGGGGAAGCUACAGUGACAGUGACGCUGAACAAGCGAACGCGAUCUUUGAAAGUAGUCGUGGUGGACAACGCGAAUCCAAUGUUAUUUGGCUUAGAGUGGAAUGAAGCCUUCAAUUUGCCACUGCCCGAACCAGUGUACAACGUAGAUCGUGUCAACAACCACGUGCAGCCGACAACGAAACCACUGCAUCAGAAGUUAAAUGACAUAUUGGAAGAGAACAAGCAGCUAUUCGAAGAAGGACUGGGAAAAAUAAAUAACUACCAAGUUAAAAUUCACGUAAAGGAAACAGCAACACCAACACAUAUUCCAGCCAGGCCAGUCCGAUUCGGAAUUCAAAAAAGCGUGGAAUUCGAACUUGAAAGGUUACAGCAGCUUGGAAUUAUCUCACCUGUUGACCCCAACGAAACACCGAUCGAAUGGGCAACACCCACUGUCAACGUGGUUAAACGAAACGGAAAUAUACGUAUUUGUGGUGAUUUUCGUGUUACACUGAAUCCAGCACUAGUAACAAUACGACAUCCAGUACCAACAUUCGAAAACAUCCGUCAGCAGCUUGCCAAGGGUGAGAAGUACACGAAAUUAGAUCUACGCGAUGCCUAUCUACAAUUCGAGAUUAGUCCAGAGUCAAGAAAAUACCUAAUCAUAUCCACACACAAAGGGUAUUUUCAGUAUAACCGUAUGACUCCUGGCAUUACAGGUCCAGAUGAAGAUAGCCAUCUAAGAUCAUUAAGAGAAGUUUUUAAACGUCUGCAUGAAGCUGGUUUUCGUAUCGAAAAGAACAAAUGUAGCUUUUUUCAAGACAGUAUCGACUAUUUGGGCCAUCAAUUCAACCGAAAAGGGAUCUAUCCAGUGGAAGACAAGCUGAUAGCAAUAAAAAAUGCUGCAAUACCCACUAACAAGAAGGAGUUACGAUCCUUUCUGGGAUUGGUCAAUUUUUACGAGAAAUUCAUACCCAACUUACAUGGAGCAUGUUCCGAACUACACGCAUUAACUGGUACAAAGUCGCAAUGGCGAUGGUCAAUAAAGGAACAGAAACAAUUUGAUAAUGUUAAACAUAUGAUAGCUAGCGCCCGUCAUCUAACUCCUUACGAUCACACAAAACCGCUUUAUUUGGCAACAGACGCAUCCGAUGUAGGCCUUGGUGUUGUUUUAUAUCAUCAGGACGAGGCUAACAACGAGUUACCUAUCGCCUACGCGUCACGAAAAUUGAACGGAGCAGAACAAAAAUAUGCUACCAUUGACAAGGAGGCAUUAGCAAUAUUUUUCGCCGUGAAGAAAUUUGAUCCAUAUUUACGUGGGACAAAGUUUACAUUAAUUACGGAUCACAAGCCGCUUCAACACCUGUUGGGAGACAAACGAAAUUUGCAAAAAAUCGUAAACAACCGUCUGACGAGAUGGGCACAUGAAGCAAUUUCGGAGGAAGCGCAGAAGAUUCAUAAAAUUUAUGCGGUAAUUCAAAUACGGAAGCUUGAUGAUAUUGUACUAACAGAACAGGAACUUAGGAAGCAGACGAAACAUAACCUAAUAUUACGACGAGUAAUUGAGUUAAUUGAGCGUCACUGGCCAGACACGAAGUGUAUCAACAACGAGCUGAAACCAUACUACGACAAACGGGAGGAACUAUCAUACGAAAACGGUAUUUUGAUGUGGCAAGGACGAAUUAUCGUGCCCGAUAAUCUUCAAGAAGUAACAUUGAGGCAUCUUCAUAGAGGGCAUCCAGGCAUUGGCUCUAUGCGUGUGUCAGCGAGGUACUAUGUAUGGUGGCCGAACAUCGACAAGGACGUGGAACAUACAGUGAAAUCAUGCAUGGCAUGUCAACGUCAACGCCCAAAACAAUCUGAACUGCCAAUCUACUUUUGGUCCCUGCCAGAGCAUUGUUGGCAACGACUGCAUGUGGAUUUUGCAGGUCCCUUCGAAGGAAAAAUGUGGAUUGUGCUUGUUGAUGCUUUAUCAAAGUGGGUAGAAGCAGAUGUACUUUAUGCUGCCACCACAAGAACUUUGUGCGAAGUCCUAGAGGAGAAGUUUAUAACAUUUGGUUAUCCGGAAAUUAUCGUGUCGGAUAAUGGUAGUCAAUUUACGUCAGAAGAGUUUCGAAAUUAUUGUCAAAGUCAUGGAAUAAAACAUGUAACGUCUUCACCGUACCAUCCGAAAACCAACGGACUAGCCGAACGAUUCGUACGAACAUUCAAGGAGCGCAUGAAAGCCAGUGAAUAUGAUGGUUUAUCACAACGUCAGCGCUUGCGCACAUUUCUAUUUACAUAUCGAAACACACCACACUCCUUUACAGGGAAGGCACCAUCUGAAUUUUUGCUAGGUCGACGCCUGCGAACUUUAUUUGACAAUCUGAAGCCUAAUGUGCGGCGAGAGAUGCAUUUUAAACAUGUAAAACAAAAUCUUCAAGCAGAGCAGUCUAACAGAGAGUUCCAACCAGCACAACCAGUAUUCGUAAAGACAGACAUCGAGAAAAUGUGGGAACCAGCCAACAUAGUCGAAAGAACAAAUCGAUAUUCCUACCGUGUUCGAACAAAGGACGGUGUAGAAAGAAGACGACAUGCGGAUCAUAUCCGAGAACGGAGGGUAAUACCACCAUCAAUCGACUUCCGGGAUGUCUCAGAUUUUAAGCGAAACAGUUUCCAUUACCAAUCUGCAAGCCCGACAGCAAAUGAUGAACAGGAACAUCAGCAGUCUAUGCAGCCCGCUAUACCGUCGCAUGAAAACGGAAACAUGAGUGAACAAGGACAACACACCGAAGCACACCAAAUUGAACCUCCAGUACGGCGAAGCCAACGGCUAAGAAAUCGACCCAAGAGACUAGUCGAAGAGAUGUAA